CUUAAGCUUAAACUAAGCAGAGAGGAGCUCAUCGUCUCUCUCAAAGACACUACAGAAGACUGCAUGGAUGGGGCCGAACAAGCUGCUCAUUUUUCUAAUCACACUGUUGGUCAUGAUGAGGGGGCUGCUCACACUCACGGCACUGUUUGUGGCCGUUCUCAGCAAGGACACCUUUGAGAGGCAUCAGGUGCUUCGCAUCACUGCAAAGGAUGAAGCCCAGUUGGCUCUUAUCAAGGACCUGGAGGACAUGCUUGAAUUUAAUCUGGAUAUCUGGAGGGGUGUUACCGAUGUUACCAGUCCUGUGGAUAUCAGAGUCCCCUUUGAGAGCCUGCAGUCUGUCAAAAUGUACCUGGAGUCUCAGGACAUUGACUACUCAGUCAUGAUCAGAGAUUUGCAGGUAUUGCUCGAUGAGCAGCAGGAGGAGAUGGAAUCUGCCACUCGUGUUGCUCAGCCCAAAAACACAGACAGCUUUGACUACUCCAACUACCACACUAUCGACGAGAUCUACAGCUUUCAGGAUAUGCUUGUGGCUGAGAACCCCAACUUAGUCAGCAAGAUUGUGAUUGGCCAGAGCUACGAGGGUCGCCCCCUGAAUGUGCUCAAGUUCAGCACUGGAGGAACUAACCGUUCUGCCAUCUGGAUGGACACCGGAAUCCACUCGAGAGAGUGGGUCACUCAGGCAUCCGGUACCUGGUUCGCUAAGAAGAUUGUGACUGAUUAUGGAACUGACCGUACUCUCACUGCCAUCCUCAACCACAUGGACAUCUACCUGGAGAUCGUGACCAACCCUGACGGUUUUCACUACUCCCUCAACAGCAACCGAAUGUGGCGCAAAACCAGGAAGCCCAACCCUGGGUACAGCUGUGCUGGAGUUGAUCCCAAUAGGAACUGGGAUGCUGGUUUUGGAAGUGUCGGUGCCAGUGGAUACCCCUGCUCAGAGACCUACCAUGGACCCUAUGCUCACUCUGAGCCUGAGGUCAAGUCUAUUGUGGACUUUGUGAAGGCCCAUGGUAACAUCAAGGCCUUCAUCUCCAUCCAUGCCUACUCUCAGAUGCUCCUGUACCCCUAUGGCUACACCAGUACUCCUGUCAAGGAACAGGUUGAACUGCACAACCUGGCUAGGUCGGCCAUCACUAAGUUGGCUUCUAUGUAUGGUACUAGCUACAAAUGCGGCAGCAUCAUCAGCACCAUCUACCCAGCUAGCGGUAACACCAUCGACUGGACCUAUGACCAGGGCAUCAAAUACUCCUACACCUUCGAGCUGAGGGACACCGGCCGCUAUGGUUUCCUUCUGCCAGCCGAACAGAUCAUUCCCACUGCCAGUGAGACCUGGCUGGCUCUGAUGGUCAUCAUGGAUUACGCCUACAAUAACCCAUACUGAUCUGCGUGAAGGAGAGUGUCUGUAUGCAGACUCACUGUGGAGAAAUUAAACUGAAAUCUUCAUCAUCAUGCUCAUUAUCAUCCUCAUGACUCAUUCAACACUGAACGACACAGACAAAUAAAAG